AUGGCCCUGAGUCUGUAUAACCUCUGUGUUAUCGUCUGUUUCGUCCUGUCGAGUACAUUCCACACUUUCUCAGACCAUAGCAAGGAGAUGCACAAGUUCGGUAACGAACUCGACCACCUCGGUAUCGUGCUCGUCAUGUGGGGAACUGGCAUGUCUGGAACGCAUUUCGCCUUCUACUGCCACGAGGCCCUUCGAAACGCAUAUUUCCUGGUCUUGUCAGGAACAGCAACAGGCUGCGCGAUCUUCACACUCCAGCCAAAUUUCAGGCAGCCGACUUUUCGGACCGUGCGGUUUCUGAUGUACUGCUUCUUAGGGGCCAGCCUCUUCGCACCACUGAUCCACGGUAUUUGGCGGUUUGGAGGAGCGGAACUGGACGCCAUGAUGGGCCUGGGAUCAUUUCUCGGCCUCGCCAUCAUCAACUUCACUGGCGCGGCUGUGUAUGCUAUGCGGAUCCCGGAGCGAUGGUUUCCCCGUCGGUUCGACUUGCUGGGACAAAGCCAUAACUGGAUGCAUGUCCUAGUGCUAACGGGCGCUCUGGUGAGGCUUCGAGGCCAGUUGGAGGUCAUGUCACGAUGGCAAAUGCACACAGAGACGUAUGGGUUCUGCAAGGGUGCGAAUUAA